AUGACGCUCCUCCAAUUCCUCCGCCAGGCGCGCCAGCUACACCUCCAGUUCCUGGCUGGUGCCUUACCCGAGCCCCCCAUCUACGUGCUCGGUAAUCCCUCCGCCGACCUGGACUCCAUCAUCUCCGCCAUUGUGUACUCGUACUGCGCCAACAACCGUGUGCCUCCCACCACCCCGCGACCCCAUAUCCCCCUCCUCAACCUCUCCAAUGUACCCGCAGGUCCGGAGCUGUACCGACUGAGACCGGAAUUUGUCGAGGCGUUAUGGCUUUCCACCGGCUGCCCCCCUCUUCGGCCCGAGGAGCAAUUCGAUAACAACUCCCAGUCUGCGGGGAAACUGCUCGGCGAGCAUCUGGUCACGGUUGCGGACUUUGCACGGAGUCUGAAGGAGCUCCCUACCACGAAGAAAAUAGAGGCAGAUGCGGUCAUGGUCGAUUGGAAUGCCAUGCAGCACCGUGUUGAAGGGAAACCGGGCUAUGGCUCCGUGAGCGGGUUGGAGGAAGUCACCUUCUGCACGGUGGGGUGUAUCGAUCACCACGCCGAUGAGCACUUCGUACCUGGAUCGGAGGACCUUCCGUCCGAGCAGCCAUUGGUAAUCCAGCCCGGUCCCGGGUCAUGCUCGUCCUUGAUCACCAGCGAGCUCCAGAAACGCGGGCUCUGGACCGCCAGUCAGGACGCGUCGUCCACGGCACAAAUCGCGCAGGUCGCGAAGCUCGCACUGGCGCCGAUUCUGAUCGAUACAUCUAAUCUCACCGCGAAAGGAAAGGUCAAGGAUGUGGAUAUCCAGUCCCUCGAAUUUCUGCGCGAAUUGGUCUGCGGAGCAACGAGCGAGUCGGCCGUCGAAUGGAACAUGGACUCCUUUUAUGAACGGAUCCAGGACGCGAAGAAGAACAGCCUGAACUUGUUGACCCCGGAAGAGAUUCUGGAUCGUGACUUCAAGGAUUGGAUCGAGACGGCUCGGUCCUCCGGGCAGACUGUCAAGCUCGGCUUUUGCUCAUCGGUCAAGCCUAUUCGGUGGAUUAUCGAAAAAGCAGGUGGUUCGCAAGAAUUCCUGGCUACCGUUCGCCGAUUUGCGCAGAUGGAGGAUAAAGAGUUGGACAUGGUGGUCGUCAUGACCUCUUUCACCUCGGCCGAGGAGCAACAUACUCGAGAGCUGUUCAUUUGUGCGACACAGGAAAGCGGUCUAACAGUGGACGGUAUCAAGAAGUUUAUUGAAGAGUCGAGCUCACUUGGCCUGGUCGAAUGGACGUCAUUGGAUGGAGAGUCCGUGGAUUUGGUCGAUGCCGAUAUCCGGGCUUCGCUGAAUGGGACCUCCGAGGUCUGGAGGCACUUGUGGGUGCAGACAAAUGCCACCGCGAGCAGGAAACAAGUGGCGCCAAUGCUGCGGGAUGCAGUUGCCAAACUAUAA